AGGAGAGAAGCGGGGCUCGCCGCCAGGCUUCCAGAGCAUCGGCACCGGAGGAGGCGGAGGCGGCGGCGGCGGCGGCAGGCGCGAGCGGCGGCGGCAGCGGUACAGGCUCCUAGCCAGCUCGGCGCGCAUCGCCGGGCGUCCUGCGCUGCAGAGAGCUACGAGGGCCACUGGAGCCACACGGCAGGAGUGGACAAAGCAAGAUGGCAGGGAUCUUAGCUUGGUUCUGGAACGAGAGGUUUUGGCUCCCGCACAAUGUCACCUGGGCAGACCUGAAGAACACGGAGGAAGCCACCUUCCCGCAGGCUGAGGACCUCUAUCUCGCCUUCCCCCUGGCCUUUUGCAUCUUCAUGGUGCGGCUUAUCUUCGAGAGAUUUAUAGCUAAACCAUGUGCCAUUGCCCUCAACAUCCAGGCCAAUGGACCACAGAUUGCCCAGCCAAAUGCCAUUCUGGAAAAGGUCUUCACGGCAAUUACGAAGCAUCCAGAUGAGAAAAGGUUGGAAGGCCUUUCCAAGCAACUGGACUGGGAUGUUCGAAGCAUUCAGCGCUGGUUUCGACAGAGACGCAACCAGGAGAAGCCCAGCAUCCUGACAAAGUUCUGUGAGAGCAUGUGGAGAUUUUCAUUUUAUGUCUAUAUAUUUGCCUACGCAGUCCGGUUCCUGAAAAAGACCCCCUGGUUGUGGAAUACAAGGCACUGCUGGUACAACUAUCCCUACCAGCCACUGACAACUGACCUUCACUACUAUUACAUCUUGGAGCUAUCAUUUUAUUGGUCUUUAAUGUUCUCCCAGUUCACGGAUAUCAAAAGGAAGGACUUUGGCAUUAUGUUGCUGCACCACUUUGUAACUAUUUUAUUGAUUACCUUUUCAUAUGUCAACAAUAUGGCCCGAGCAGGAACCCUGGUCCUCUGUCUUCAUGACUCAGCUGAUGCUCUUCUAGAGGCUGCCAAAAUGGCGAAUUAUGCCAAGUUUCAGAAAAUAUGUUCUCUCAUGUUUAUUAUGUUCGGCAUAGUUUUCAUCACCACACGGCUGGGAAUAUUUCCAUUCUGGCUGUUAAAUAGCACAUUAUUUGAAAGUUGGGAGAUCGUUGGACCUUACCCUUCCUGGUGGGUUUUUAACCUACUGCUGUUGGUAGUACAAGGAUUGAACUGCUUCUGGUCUUACUUGAUUAUAAAAAUAGCUUAUAAAGCUAUUUCAAAAGGCAAGGUAACCAAGGAUGAUCGAAGUGAUAUUGAGUCCAGCUCAGAUGAGGAGGACUUGGAGCCUCCAGGGAAGAACCCCCACACUACAACCACCACCAAUGGGACCAGUGGUACCAAUGGGUAUCUCCUGACUGGCCCUUGCUCCAUUGAUGAUUAAUCAUUCAAAACUAUCAGUCCUGAACAAAGUGAACUAUUUGUUCCUGGAAGUAUUUAAUAAAUUGCAAAUGCAGUUCCUUUCAUAAUAUCUCAUCACCCAAAACAAAAAUUAGGAUUAUCAAAGCAUUUUGAAUAGUGCACUGCCAUAUGUCCUGUCUGUGAAUGAAGAAGAAAUACCAUUCUCUCUAUGUAGGCAUGCUGUAUGUAACUGACACAAGGGAACAGUAUUUGCAUUUGUACUGUCUUAAAAUAUUACUUAUUUAUUUGUAUUUGUAAAUCUGUAGACAAGAGGGUUUCCUCAUUUCUUUUACUCUCUGGGCUCACGACAGUGAAGGAGGUGCUCCCUCUGCUUGGACCCCUCUCUCUUGCUAGAAUCUCAUGUUCUAUGGGAUUAGUUUCACUUAGAGCUAGCAAGAUCCAGUGCAAAAACCUCAUAAAACUCUAGUAGAUUGAUUUUCUUUGUGUUAUCUAUCAUGCCCAUCUUGAAGUUGCCUCUACAGUUGCUAUGACCAUUCUCCCGGUGGAAAGUUUAAACAGAAUUAACUAGGUUUUUAUGUUGUUACUCUUCAUGAUCAGUUAGCAGUACAAAUGAAAGAGGGUGGUAUUGGGAGAGUUUUUGCAAUUUUGUAUGAAAUGGCUUUAGAAUUGACUUCAUUUCUUGUGCACACGGCCAAGAUUUAGCAAGUAUAGUUAUUAGCCAAGUUAACCUUGGAAGUUAACCUCAAUUUGAUUUGAUUCUCUAGGAUGAGGUUAGUGUUCUGACUCUGAAGUAACAUAAUUUGCUUAAGUCCAUCAUUAUAAACAAAUUACUCUUCAUAUUGUGAAUGUAUCCCAUGUUCUGGAAACGACAUAAAGACAGCAACUCAUAACACCACGUUUGCCACUACCCCCUUAUAAUUAGCACAGUGUUAUGUCAUAUCACAUACAAAAUAGAAAAUAAGUAUAUUUUGAGACAGAGCAAAGGAAUCUCCCGAGAGCUGGCAAAACUGUUCUCCAGAGCAAAGCACCUUACAGCUGCAAACAGCUCUCAAGGAAAACACAUCUCCAGUAUUUGACUUGAUGUUUUCCUUUUGCUGAGCAAAAUAAAGCCAGUGGAUAAGCCAGUGGGAGAAAAUCUGUUUUUACCAUUACUUUUCUUGGUAAAGGUAAUUCCCAAUGACUGAAGCUGCUCAGUUUCUAGUAACCCUACAUCCAAUUUAGUUUCUUCUUUGGAGAGUUGUGAGGUAUAUAGGAAUCUUUGUUCCAGUGGAGCUAUUUCCAGAACAACAGACAUUGUACUGGAUAAUGAUAAUAUCAAGGUGGAGGAAAAUUACUGAAGGAUAAGUUUCCAUAAGCUUCCUACGUGUAGCAGUGUUACUUAUGAAUGCAUAAAAGCAUCAAAUAAGCCAGAGAUUUUAUCUCUUAUCAGUUUUAGCAAGAAGAAAUUAGUGGAAUUACAAAUACUUAUAGAUCAAAAGGCCCAUUACCUAAAACAGGAAUCCAAAAUAAAAAUUCAGUAAAAAAUAAUGUGUCAUCAGAACACAAAACAGACAGCAGCAGAAGACUACAAAAAAUCAAUUUUUGAAAACUAAUUAAAUUCACAUGCCCACAUUUUGCAGCCUAUGAGUUAAUACUGAAAAGAAAAUUCCCCCAAACCUUUCAUGCAAGUAUAGAUCUUUCUUCAUCUACUUCCCAAAUAUAGUACUCCUGGUAUUGUCCAUGGUAAUCAUCCAAAAGGCUUCGAAGGAUGUCUGCUUGUUUAUGUAGAAAACAACUAAUUCUGCUUGUGGAACCUUACUAUUUUAUUUCACAAAACAGGCAUAUGCAUAGGAAUGGAACUGGUGGAUAGUUGAGUUUAUGAGACUAGUUAUGAAAUAGAGGAAGUAUUUAGUAACCAGAACACCUGUUCAAAUGCAAAUGUAUUAAAAGUAUCAACUAUACUGUAGCUGAAAAGUUUGAGAAGGUAUCUUAUAAUUAGGAUACAGAGUAUAUAUCAGCCUCAUUCUAGUUUCUGGGCAAGCACUCCUGAUGGGUGAAAUGAACUUGAGGACUACAGAGUGUUCAAGUUUAAACUACAUGACAUCUUUUGCCCAGAAGAGUAAUUUCAAGAUCAACUGUAAAUUUAAGAUUCAGAAGAAAUACUUAAAAUGAAGUAGGUUGAUUUUAUCUUUAGUUAAAGGCAGAUCCAAGCAAUGCUUUUUCCCAUCAGAAAUAACUUAGAUGGAAGAUGAGGAAUAUUGUUUUUCUGAGUAUUUACUUAAUUGAGGCAUUAACUUUCUACAGUCUUUCACAUGUCUACAGAUUUUUAUUUCAUUUUACACUUUCAGGCAGAAUUCUUUGGGGCUAAUUAAAAUGGAUUUUAUAGACUUUUCCUGGUAUAGAAUCAUAUUAUCUCUGUCUACUGCUCUUGCAUGGUGGCCCAGUAAGACUGAGAGAAACUGUGUGAGGCAUCUUAUCCACCUGUGCCAGGCCAUAGCUUUUGGAGGUGUAUUGUACAAAUUAAAUUCAGCUAUAGGAUAGUGAAAGUGUUGUUCUUGUUAAUUAGCCUGUGGUGAAAUCUCCCUCUUGAUCACAUUCACACCUUUCCUAGGUGAGAAGAGAUAUAUAGAAAGGACACUAGAAAAAGUAACCUUGAUUUCAUAGCUUUUCUAGAUCUCUUAGAGAGGGAAAAAGUAGAAAAGUCAAGUAGAAUUUGGCCUUGAGUCAAUAAGUGAUGUAAAAGUAUGUGAUCUGUGUAUGUGUGUAUAUUUCUCCCAAAUCUGAUAAAACCAAAAUAUCACCGACUCAUUUUCAUCAAUAUUCUCAUCAUAAAUUCCAUCCAUCAUCAUUCCCUCCACUUUUACUCCCCACACAGCUGAGAGUGUUAGAAUCUGUUCAGCCUCUUAGCCACAGAGCAACUAAAGUCCAGGUCAUAGAACACCUGAAGUGCCACAGAGCCAAAUACAGUUCACAUUCCCAAAUUCAGUCUUGUGGAUGUUAAGAUUAGGAGAGCAAACUGUCAGUAUUUUAGGCUACUAAAUGUUUGUUGUAAAAAUAAAAUUGACUUCACUCAA